AUGAACGGCCAGCAGCAGGGCUUCGGCCCCCCCUACCACCACGCACAGCCGCCGGUAAUACCACCACGCCCCCCGGUCGGCGUCCCGCCGCCGCCCGGUGCUGCACAGAACCAGACCAUGUUCCAGGGCUUCGAGUGGUACGUCCCGGCGGACCACCAGCACUGGAACCGCCUGGAGAAGGCGCUGCCGGCGCUGGCGGCCCUCGGCGUCACGAGCAUGUGGAUCCCGCCGGCGUGCAAGGCGGGCUGGUACACGGGCAACGGGUACGACAUCUACGACCUGUACGACCUGGGCGAGUUCGAGCAGAAGGGGUCGCGGCACACCAAGUGGGGCACCAAGGAGGAGCUCGUGGCCAUGGCCGAGGGCGCGGCGCGGUGUGGGAUCCGGAUCUUGUUUGAUGCGGUGCUUAACCACAAGGCGGCUGCGGACUACAGCGAGGAGGUCGUGGCUACCAAGUACGACGGCGAAGAUCGAACCCAGGUCUGCGAGGAGUCGUGUGUGAUUGAGGCCUGGUCCGGCUAUGAGUUCCCCGGACGGGGCUCGGCCUACAGCCCCCUGAAGUGGAACAAGGAGCACUUCACCGGGAUCGACUAUGACCACAAGACGCGAUCAAAGGGCAUCUGGAAGUUCCAGGGCAAGGAGUGGGCGCAGGAUGUCGAUGAGGAGCUCGGCAGCUAUGACUAUCUGAUGUUCGCCGAUGUGGACCACAACCACCCAGAGGUCCGACGGGAUCUGUUCUACUGGGUGACUUGGCUGGCAUCCCAGGUCAGGCUAGGUGGUCUGCGCUUGGAUGCGGUCAAACACUACUCUGCGAGCUUCCUGCGAGACCUUGUUCAUCAUAUCGACCGGACCGUCGGCAGGGACUGGUUCAUUGUUGGCGAGUACUGGCGGGAUGACGCGAAUGUGCUGUCCAAGUUCAUCAGCUUCGUGGGGGACCGGAUCUCGCUUUUUGAUGUCAGACUUGUCAACAACUUCUCCAGGCUGUCUUUCCAGGACAGAGCAGAUCUGCGUACAGUCUUUGAUGGCUCCUUGGCAUCUCUCAGGCCGAGGCACGCGGUGACUUUUGUUGCAAACCAUGAUACGAUGGAAGGCCAGUCUUUGGCAGCUCCCAUUGCGGAGUAUUUCCUGCCCCUGGCGUACGCCUGCAUCCUCCUCCGUGCGGACUUCGGCAUCCCAUGCGUGUUCUACGGCCACCUCUACGGCUACCCCCGACCGGAUGGGAAUGGCUUCGUUGAGCCUCCAUUCGGGGGCAAGCUCCUGCCCAAGAUCGUCCUGGCUCGCAAACUGUAUGCGUAUGGGCCGCAGAUCGACUACUUUGACCACCCCCACUCGGUUGGCUUCACAAGGUUAGGUUUCCCACAGUACGGCACGUCGGGCAUGGCUGUGGUCAUGACCAAUGGCUGGACUCAUACGACAAAGACGAUGUUUGUUGGCCCUGAACACGCCGGCGAGAGAUGGACAGACGUGUUGGGCGGUUGCUGGGGAGAGGUCGUGAUUGACCACGAGGGAUGGGGUGUCUUCGCAGCUGCACCGAGGAGCGCGGCGGUGUGGGUCAACAGACAAGCCCCGAGGAGGGAGGAGAUUGACUGCUUCACAUUUGACUACGACAUCUACGGCCGAAGUAUUCACGACAGUCCUGUGACGGCGAACGAUCUACACAAACCCAGAUUAGAGACAGAGCCUGUGUGGAUGAGCGCAAUGGGUCUUUAG